AUGAAAGAUUGUUUUGAUCUAAUGGAUAGAUUUGGCAAGACUGAGGACAAGAAGAGGGAUGAUAAAGGCAAGAAAAAGGAUAAUGGUGAUCAGCAACCAAAAGGGAAGAAGGAUGGUUUUCCCCAAGUUAACAGGGAGAUGACAGCACUAGGAGGGGUAUUGACUGUGAGAGGCAACCUCAAAGUUUCGCAUGAUUGUAACAUAGAAGCUCUGUCAUUAGCUGAAGAGGUAGAAAGCUCAUUGGCUGCUCGUGCCGGAGAGGCCUGGAACGAGUGGGAGAUCCAACUCCUGGUGAUGGCAAGCUUCUCCCUGCAGGUGUUCCUCCUCUUGUCGGCGCCCUUCCGCAAGCGCCACAGGUCUAGAGUGCUGAAUGGCUCGCUAUGGGUCGCGUACUUGAUGGCCGACUACGUCGCGACCUAUCUCCUUGGCCGCCUGACACUCCUUGUGGCCGUAGCCGGCAACAACGGCACACGGCGGCAGGAAAUGGCGCUGUUCUGGACGCCGUUCCUGCUGCUCCACCUCGGCGGACAGGAGACGAUCACGGCCUUCUCCAUGGAGGACAACACGCUGUGGAAGCGGCGGCUGCUGGACCUGGCCUCCCAGGUGACGAUGGCCGUGUACGUGGUGGGCAAGCAGUGGCGAGAGUACAGUCAGCUGGUGGCUCCCAUGGCGCUCAUGUUCGUCUGCGGAGCCGUCAAGUACAGCGAGAGAAUAUGGGCGCUGAGGGCAGCCGCCGUGAGGGCACCCGGGAGUAGCUCCAUGGCAAGCCUUGCCGAUCUCGCCUACGAUGAAGGAGGCCGGGAAUCGGAUUAUCGGCACGCAGUUCUUUCCAUGUAUUAUGAGCGCCUGGUUUCUAUUAGCUCAGGAGACAGUGUAUUCGAGCGCGUCAUGGAGGCGGCCUUCGCGGAGCUACCGGCAAGCUUGGAUUUUUUCAUGGACGUAACCCCUUCAGAUGUGAGCGGCUUCACAAAUGCUUAUGACAACAUUCAAAGUUAUCUGAUGGACCUCAAGUCUUCAAAGAACAGGGAUGGGAUGGUAUACAAGAUGGCUGAGGUACAGGUCUCCUUGAUCCAUGACUACCUGUACACCAAGUUCGGCGCGGUUCGAUUCCAAGCCCCAAGAUCAUCGUGGCAUCCUACCAUGGGGGCCGCGCUCCAAUGGCUUGGCUCUCUUGGCCUAACCUCUGUGGCUCUUGUGUUGUUCGCUAUGGCCAGCGAUGGGUAUGGCCGGCGAUCUGAUGUUGUCAUCUCUUUCAUACUGCUCGUGGGCGCCGUUGUCAUAGAGAUAUCCUCCAUCUUCAUUGCACUCGUCUCAUCAUACUGGGCAGGCACCGGUGGUGUAGCCAACCGUCUCCAUCUCCAUGCUAGGGACUGGUCGGGGAAGAUGGCACAGUACAUGUUUGAUGAUGCAAGCCUCAUGGAGGACGAGGACGAGGACGAGGACAGACCACAAGCAGCAGCAGCAGUAAGGGCGGCAAUCAGCUGGAUGCUCGCAUCAAUCAAGACGACGACAACACCUGACGUCGCCGUAUCUCCUGAGGUAAUGAAGCUGCUUCUAGACAAUGUGCUUGGCAUAGCGACCUAUCUGCGCUCCCACAACUGGGACUUCAGUAGGUUCCAAGGCCAGUGGGCUCAGUGGGUGGCCGACAGAGUCGAAUUAGGUGCAGAGCAUACGACGCUUGUCGUUAAUCGUGAUGACGACGAUUAUGACCGUCCAGCAUACCGCCCAGCUUACAAGUCACUUAACGCUAGCGGCAUUAAAGAGCUAGGUUUUGUGCCUAGUGUGGUUGUUUGGCACUUGGUUACUAGCAUAUGCUUGCUGGACGGCGACAGCCCUGCCGAGCUCACAAACCCUUGCAAGGAGCUGUCCAACUACAUCAUGUACCUUGUGGCUAAGUGCAGCGUCAUGGUUGAUAGCAAUGGGCACGUCGUGAUUGCUCGAAUCCUAAGAGAUCCGGAGAUGAGGUCGUCUUUGCACGCUGAGCUUCACCAGCCAGAAGGUUUCAUCUCCAAACUCCGUGAAGGCUGGACCUAUUAUAAUUCUACCAGAGCUCGCCGUGUCUGUGUGAUGCUGCUCCACAUCCCACAAGCAAGAGAUCGAUGGGACAUCAUUGCUGCGGUGUGGACGGAGAUUCUUUGCUACAUGGCACUUAACAGUGGAGCUGCGUUCCAUGCCAAUCAUCUCGCCACCGGUGGAGAGUUCCUCACGCAAGUCAAGAUGCUCCUCUUCAUUAUACGAUUGCCUUUUCUUAGGAAUUCUCUGUGA